AUGCCUCCCUCAUCCUCCUCUCCCCUCCUCUUGCUCCUCCUCAUCUUCCUCCACCGUUGUGCUGAAGUUCGGAGCUACGACGCUCCUGAGUAUAAGCAGGAUGUGUUUGCUAGAAAAGCCUGCCCUGCCUUCCUGACCUUUAUGAACGCAGCCUACCUGGCAGGAGUCACAGUGGAGCUGCCCUGCCACUGCAAACCUCAACAGGUCCAAUCUGUUGUGUGGUUCUUCAGGAAGCAUCUUGGCGGCUCAGAGGAGACCACAGCACUGACUGAUCACCAUGGCAACAAGCUGCUGGACCCCAGUCGAGUCCCGCACAGCGGCGACCUGCGGAGUCGAUUCUCCAUCCGCCUCUUCAGCCUGCUGAUCUUCAGGGCGGGGCCGGACGACGCCGGCGUCUACAUCUGUGGCUCCGACAACAGGGACUUCUUCUACGGUUACGACCUGGACAUCCAGGAGGCGCGCACCAUCAGCAUCACCCAGAGGCUCGACCCAAAUGAUGUAAACCAGAGAGGAAAAGAGAAAAAGAGAGUCGGCUCUGCUCAGCCGCUCUACAGGAUCUUCAGCAGCUUCCGGCCCUGGUCUGUGUGCGAUCGCUGUGGAGCCCCAGGAGAGCAGGUCCGCGUGGGACUCUGCUACGUCCACUCCAAGUUCCUACAUGUACGCUACAGAAAAGCCAAUCAGACCACCGCUUCUUGUGGCUCGGGAGCUGUGCCGGAAGCUUUUGAAAAGGUGAAACGAAACAAAGACGGGGCCAAGCUGGAGGUCAAAAGCUGUCGAGUGUCAUGUCCAAAUCCAGCUCCUUCAUCCUCCAAGAUCCGGUCUUUGAUGGCAUUUCUCGGGCUCAGUUCUGGCUCCACACCAGCAGAGAUAUCAGUGUACUACCUGAACCACCCUGCAGACCGUGUCCUGACCCUGGGCUGUCCCGGGGCGCGACCUAACAUGGCCGUGGCCUGGGACCGAGGACCUGAACCCAUCUACAGAUUUGAUCACUCGGCAGGUGGUAACCACAGCAACACAAACCCCAGACUGCUGAUAGACACCGGACACCACCUGGUGUUUCAACCUGCAAAAGCUCAGGACUCAGGGGUCUACUACUGCUGGCUGCAGGGGCAGCGCGCGGCUGAGAUACGCCUGCUGGUCUACGCUCAUUUUGGGAAGAGACAAUCUGUGACCUCACAUCCUGACUUCCUCAUAGCUCUCAGAACCGUGUUCAGAUCAUAUGCCAUCAUGAGCGCCGUGUUUUGUCUGCUGCUGAUCGGCCGAGCGGGAGUCAGACUUCUCUUAGAGAAAAGAGAAGCACAUGUAGAUUAAAGUCUUUUUAAAUGCUUUAACGUUGGGUGUGUUAUAAUCAGUUUCAAGCUUGCUCUUGCUGUUUUUCUCUGGGGUAUAACCAUUUUUAAUAAUUUAAGGUUCCAGUGAAGAUUAUUUUCUUGACUUGAAAAUUCCGAUUUACCAAGUUCAGUGAAAGCUCGAGGGGCUUUGAGAAUGAGCCAAUCAGAAGAACGGGGCAUGCAGGCACCCAAAUUCCACUCCCAACAGGUCUGUGAUGUAAAGUGGAAGUUUUCCUUUAAGGGCCUUGGAAAUAUAUUUUUAAAAAAGUGCAAGAAUGCAGCUUCAACAAUUCUUUUUCUACACGAUAAAGGAAAGCUUGAUUUGUUUCUGUACAGAAAGCCAACUUUCUGUUCCAACUUGGAAACAUUUUUUGAAAGAUAAAUAUAUUCAAAUCAAAUUGGGUUCCAACAGUCUGUCAUGUUUGUUCUCGGGUACAGACUUGAGAAUCCCCACCUGAUGCGCCUGCUCCAGCGCAGAGUGUGAAGUGCUCUCAGGUGUGCAAUUUCUCCCGUUAAGAGCUGACUGAGUGAUAAAAUGAAUCUGUGGCAUCUCUCUGUACGGUUUUCUCUAUCACAAAAUAAAAUUGGAGACGAAGAAAAAACCAAAUGAAAGCGGACUGAAGUGGUUGAUAAAGAGAGAGAGAGAGAUGGCUGAGUUAAUGAAUGUGAGGAAAGACAGAUGAGCAUUUCCAUAACAAUUAUUUUUGUGCAAAUUAGACCGGCUGAAAACUCUAACAGACUUGCAAAGUAUGAUACUUCCCCAGCAGUAA